AUGUAUGAUACCGUGAAAGAUCCAUUAAAAAGGGAGAUACACAAGUAUAGAGUGAGCUUGACUACCGAUACAUUGACAAGUGUGCAAAAUUUGAACUACAUGGUGCUAACUGCUCAUUUUGUGGAUGAUGAAUGGAAUAUGCACAAAAGGAUUCUAAACUUUUAUUUGAUUUCAAGUCAUGAAGGCAAACAAAUAGGGAAGCUGAUUGAGCAAUGUUUGGUUAAGUGGGAGAUUGAAAAUGUGAUGUGUAUCUCAUUUGACAAUGCAUUGGCUAAUAAGGUGGCAAUUGAGUAUGUUGUUCGUAAAAUGCAGAAAUGGCCUAAUACUAAAAUGAUUAUGAAUAGCAAGUUUAUGCAUGUGAGGUGCUUAGCUCAUAUUAUCAACUUGGUAGUGAAAGAUGGGUUGAAAAGAUUGGAUACAAGUGUGGAUGCUCUUAGAAAUGCCGUGCGGAUGUACGAAGAUGAUAAAGCCAAUAUAUACUCCACCUAUUUCAAGGAAAAUGUGCUUAAUGAUGAAGGAGAAGAAGUGGCGUGUAAAGGGAGGGUUGGAUCACCCAAGGAGGAAGAUUGGGAUGGUGCAGAAGCAUUUGAAAGGAUGUACGAAGAUGAUAAAGCCAAUAUAUACUCCACCUAUUUCAGGGAAAAGGCCUUCUAUCUUGUAACUUUGAAAGUUAGUGCAAGUAAGUAUCCCACAUCUAAUACAGCUGUUCAUGAUGUCAUUACUGUGGAGAACGAGAUUGAAAAGCUUUUUUUGCCUGAAUAUAUGCAAACUGGAGAAACUGUAAAGUUGGUGCUACGUGAUAUGACAAUGAGCAUGAGAGCCAAAUAUUGA